AUGGCGGCCAGGUGCUUUCGCUGGGGCGUGAACCGAGCCGGAGCCUGGCUGCUCUCGCCGCCCGCGCGCUGUCCCCGCCGGACUCUGCACAAGCAGGUAGACGGUGCCGAGUUCCAGAGCAUCUACAGCCUGGACAAGCUCUACCCCGAAUCCAAGGGCUUGGACACCGCCUGGAGGGUCCCGGACGAUGCAAAGCGAGACAACAAUGACAUUCCUAUAGAUCGCUUGACAAUAUCUUACUGUAGGAGUAGUGGUCCUGGGGGGCAGAAUGUUAAUAAAGUGAAUUCCAAGGCUGAAGUCAGGUUCCAUUUGGCCAGCGCUGACUGGAUUGCCGAGCCGGUGCGGCAGAAGAUCGCCCUUGAGCAUAAAAAUAAGAUCAACAGAGCAGGAGAGUUGAUAAUCACCUCGGAAUGUAGCCGCUAUCAGUUCCGGAAUCUGGCUGACUGCCUACAGAAAAUUCGAGACCUGAUCACCACGGCCAGUCAGACCCCCAAAGAACCAUCUAAAGAAGAUGGGGUACUUUGGAAGUUCAGGGUAGAAAACAGGAAUCGGGAAAGGCUGAGACAAAAGAGAAUAAAUUCUGCCAUCAAAACAAGCCGAAGGGUAGAUGUGGACUGA